CCAGCACUUAAUAUAAAGAAGGAUCAUGCCGCCUUGACUGGUGGGAAAAAACACCAGCAAAAACAGAACCACCAUAAACACAGCUAUUUCUUCGAUUUUCGACGAAAAUCGAAGUGAUCAGAAAAGGAAUUUGAUCAUUUCGUGAUUUUCUCUCACCACAGGAUCUCCAUAUUCUACAAAUCCAGGCAACUUUGAGAAUGGAUUUCCCUGCUACUGUAGCAGAAGUAGUACCUGAGAAGAUUGCAAAUGGGAAAGAUAUAUCCCCUUCUUUCCACUGUGAUCUUUGUGAUACAGAAAUAGUUCACAAGAUAGCGCGAGUAUUCCUCCCGGGAUUAGCUACAGCUUGUGUUGACAACACAACAGGCGACCUCUUCAGGACCCCUGGUUCAGUGGCUGCUGAUAUUCGAAAGGAAAUGGCGGAUUAUCUUACCCAGAGAAGUGAAAAUUUUGUUGCGGAAUCUGUUGUUUUAGAAGGUGGUCCAGAAGCAUCGGGCCAUCCUUAUGAUAUCAUAUCUGAUUUUGUUGAUGAUUUUGCGAGUUCAAAAAGGAAUUUGUUUACCCGGGUUUCAGGGUGGUUACUGAGUGAAAUGAGAGAAAACAAAAUAGACGAUUUUGUACAAGAGAUGGAGAUAAACGGUUUUUGGUUGCUCAACAGGAGGGAAGCAAUAGUACAAACUUUGCUUAAGAAUGUUGACGUAAAAAAUUCCUUUCACUGUGACAUGAAAUUUGACACUCCAGCAGAGCUUUCCAAACAUGUCGUCCAUUGUGGCUAUAGACCUUUGAAUUGCAUGAAUGAGGGAUGUGAUGAUAUAUUUUGUGCAAACCACAAGGAGAAGCACGAUUCGGUUUGUCCUUUCAAGAUAAUUCCAUGCGAACAGAAGUGCUCAGAUAACAUCAUGAGACGUGAGAUGGACAGGCACUGUAUAACUGUUUGUCCUAUGAAGCUUGUGAACUGCCCUUUUUAUGCAGUGGGUUGUCAUUCCACAGUACCUCACUGUAUGAUUGAUCAACAUCGUUCGGAGGACCUCCAUUCUCACCUGCUAUACAUUCUUCAACGUAUCCAUAAGGAAGUAUCUUUGGAAGAUCUGAAGCAACGGGUGGAGCAACUGGAGAAGUCAUCCUCUGGUCAGCUAGCAGAAGCUAGAGAUGGGAGAUCUCUAACCAAUUCAAUCAGGGCUCUGGAAGCAAAGCUUGGACCACUAGAAGUUAACGUCACCAACAAGGCUAGUCGAGAACUCAUGGAGUCUUCCCCAUCCAGAAAAGAAUCCCCAGGUUCUACCCCUACUAAAAAAGAACUUGCAGAGAAUUCCUUGGACAAAAAGGAAUCCUUAGAGGGUUCCCCUACCAAAAAGGAAGACUCUUCUGAGACAACUCCAAUCGAAAAAGAAUUCGCAGAGAUUUCCCUUUCUGAGAACUGAGAAUCCACAGAGAAUAUGUGGAGAUUUCCUAACCAAAGAUGAAGAUCUCCAUGCUAAAAAAGAAAACUACAUGGCAAGUAUCUCCAUCAAUAGAGUUUCAGAACAACUAGUGUGUCAGGGAAAGCCCACUACUUUAGUUCUUACGUGUCAUGCUUAUGCAGCGAGUACCAUUCAAGAAAUGAAAGGAACUUCAGACGGCAGAAAAAUGACCACAUGCUACCAUUCCUUCAACAGUUAACUUAUAACAGCAUUCCCUCAUCAGCACUCAUCUUGUAGUAUCUAUAGAUUAUUCUUUUUGUCCUCGGCGACUUACAGCUUUUAUAUAACCUCUGUUGUUAAUGAUUUUUCCCCAUUGGUAAUUACAUUUUGAUGAAGGCAGUGGAGUAAUGGUUUUCAUUGUAGAACAUAUUUCUAUAAACUCAUAAAAUAUGUCUUGGAGAAGUUUUCUUAAUCA